AUGGAGGGUCAAGGCACUGCAACAUGGGGCGCAUUUGCGGUUGACCAAUGCCCACAGCAGGACCCCACGUGCAUGUCUCAACAUCAGGACAUGCCCAGCAAAGUCGCUGGAAAGACCCGGCCUCUAGCAUGUGCCAGUGCUACAAAUACUCCAGCACAGCAUCGAACAGCUGCCAUCAACUUCCUUUACAACAACCAAGGCACUCUUUUGCUUUGA